GGAAGUGUGGCCAGCCCCGCAUUUGGCGGAAGCAUGAUCAUGCCAGGGAGCCCAUGUUUAUUACCCACUACUCGUCUGCCGUUGUGAACAGCACCCAGCCGCUGGUGUUGUUGUACUACCUUGCCUCCCAACUUCCACCACCUUUACACCCAUUCAAGCAUGGCACCUGCACGAAUCGAAGAGCCGCCGGUCUCCUGGCCCGUCAAGGCUGAGAAUGGCACCAGCCAGCACAAAGGACGCCCACGCAACAUCGAUUCGAUUGAUGCGGUCAAGUUCGACGAUUCGCUGCAGCCCAAGCAUUACGACAUGUUUGGCACACACCCAGACAGUAGGAUCCUCUUCACCGAUGUUAACAUUCUCGAUUCUUCGGAUCGUCAUCCUUUCAAAGGAGACGUUCUUAUCGAAGGCGAACGCAUCACCCAAGUCGGCGAGGUUCCCAAUAUCGACGAGCUCAAGAAGGACCGCAAGGUUCGCGUCUUCCAUGGCAAAGGACGUACUCUCAUGUCUGGUCUCGGCGAUGCUCAUACCCAUUUCACAUGGAACGGUGGCGACCUCGAUCGCCUCGGCGAGCUCGGUGUUGAAGAGCACACCCUAUUGACCAUGCGGAGUGCUCAGUGUUACAUCGACUCGGGCUACACCAUGUGUUUUGGCGCCGCUUCCGCCAAAGACCGCCUCGACGUCGUCAUUCGCGAUGCCAUUAAUGCCGGGGAUAUCUCUGGUCCGCGAUACCUUGCCAACGCGAAAGAGAUUGCAAGGAGGGACGGCGAGCUAGUCGGGGGUAUUACCGCGUUCGCCGACGGACCCGACGAGAUGCGCGAGGUUAUUCGACGUCAUGUCAACGAGAUUGGCGUCGAUAACAUCAAACUCAGCAUGUCGGGGGAAGAGAUUACGGAAAUCCGCUCUGCCCAAGACUGCUACUUUACCGACGAGGAGACGGCUGCGUGCGUCGACGAGGGUCAUGAGCUCGGCAAGAGACUAUGUGCUCAUGCGCGAGCUCGUGAUUCGGUGAAGAUGUGUGUCAAGCAUGGUGUCGACGUGAUUUUUCACGCGUCGUACAUCGAUGAUGAGGGCAUGGACAUGCUCGAGAAGAAGAAGACGAAACACGUGGUCGCCCCGGGGCUCAACUGGUUACUUGCGACGCUCUACGAGGCAGAGGCGUUUGGCUACCCGCAAUCAAAGGCCGAGCAGGUUGGGUACAAGAAGGAACUCGACGCUGCUGUCGCUGGUCUGCGUGAAAUGCACCGGAGGGGUAUCGUAGUCCUACCGGGCGGGGAUUACGGGUUUGCCUGGACCCCUCAUGGCACAUACGCCCGAGAUCUCGAGCAUUUUGUGAAGCUGCUCGACUUCACGCCUCACGAAGCCAUCAUUGCGGCUACGCGGGGCGUUGCGGCGCUUCUCAUGCGCGGCCACGAGCUGGGACAGAUCAAGGCAGGCUAUUAUGCGGAUUGCAUCCUGGUCGAUGGUAAUCCGCUCGAAGACAUCCGUGUCUUACAAAAUCACGACAAGAUCAACGUGAUCUGCAUCAACGGGCGUGUGCACAAGGCCGGGCGCAAGGAAUACAUUGCGCCGCCAGUCUCCGGUCAGGAUGAUAAUAAACAUCCCAUUGUGCCCGAUCUCGAUCUUCCCGAAAUGAAAAAAGACAUGCAAAAGAAUUACUGAUGGAAGAUGGGGGCACAUGCGGGGCGUUUGAGGCAGAUGGAGUGGAGGAACAAGUGAUGAAAGGAGUGUAUGUUUAUGCUGAAGAUGCGCAUAUAUUUGGGCGCCCGCUGCCGUGUCACGUGACUAGCGGGGUAUCUCAAUGCAGCAAGCGCAUGCCGAGC